UCUCUCUACUUUUCCGCCAUUGCAGUUUCUUCUACAUCCUUACACAUCUUGUUCGCAGUCGUCACACGGUCUAAUACUUUAUCCCGUUCCCUUAACGUCCUUCCACGUGGUACAGCGUAUUUCUACUCGUACUACGUUCCUUUUUUGACGUCUGUUUCACGUCAGGCUGCACCCGCUACUGCUAUAACCUUCACGCGACAUCUCCCCCCAUCUCCUACGUUAGCCCACAGCCUUCCAUGCCGUCCGAUCCGACCUCCACGGAGAUGUGGCUCACCAGCCUCCAAUGUGAGCGCUAUAUCCCAGCGUUUCAGGCCCAUGGGAUCACACCAGAGCUCCUCCCAGAGAUCGACGCAGAUGCGCUCGCAGAGCUCCGUGUGGACAAGGUGGGCGACCGGAUGCGUCUUGAGCGCGCAAUCCGCGACAUGCGCGUCAGCCGGCUCAAGGGCCAGGUACAAGUGAAGGCGAUUUUGGAGCACAUCACUCUCAGCCUCGCGCAGCUUCCGUCGACCAGCACGCCGAAGGAGGAUGCCAAGUACGUGACAUUCAUUCAGCAGGAUGGCACGAGCAAGCAGAUCGACGUUUCUGGGUGCUUUAACGCGCAGUCUAUAAAGCGUAAGGCGCUCAAGAAGUUAGGUGUGCGCUCCAAUCCCGAGCUCUGGAACACGUACGUGUGCGACGCGCAGCAGCGCGUACUGAUGCUCUACGAUGUGGAGCUUGUGACGAUCUGUUACUCGGCAGACCGCGCGGAGCGGCAUCGCGUAAUCCUCUGCCCCGCGGUUGAGCGGCCGAGCGCGGCAGCACUCACGAUGUCGCGCCAGGUGAUGGCUCGUACAGGCGCACGCGACGUACGCGGGCUCCGCAGUUUCUUCGGCCACCGUCCGCCGAGCGAGUUAAUCCUGACCAACUUGGCUGAGUACUUCCCGGAAGCCAAGCCUGACCAGUUGGAAAAGACGGUGCGCAACUCGGUGCGCUACUCGGUGCGCAUGUCACGGCUCCCGCCGAUGCCGCACGCCUCCGCAGCAUCGGUAUUCUCUGGAUCAGCGGCGUCAAUUGGAAGCCGCGCGUCGCGCACGGUAGGCGAUGUGUGGAUGACAAACGCAAGUGCUGUAGAGGAAGCCAUGGGCGACGACGAAUCGUUCAAACCGCCGCGUGCGAACCGGCUCCUGGUGUUCCAGCUGAACCGCUCGUCACGCAUCGAGCUCAUUCUGUUGGAUGAACUGGACGAGGAUCCCGAUGAGAGUGGCCCGUUAAACUGGCUCAAGGGCGCGCACAUCGGCUCCGGCUCCUUUGGCAACGUGUAUCUCGGGAUGAACGCUAUGACCGGUGAACUCAUGGCGGUCAAGCAGGUCGAGUUACCUAGUAGCGUGGGUCAGGACAGCCAUAAGCAGGCGAUGAUCGAUGCGUUGCUGCACGAGAUGGCACUCCUCAAGACGCUCAACCAUGAGAACAUCGUGCGCUACUUCGGCACUGACUCGGACGCCACGCACGUGAAUAUCUUCUUGGAGUACGUGCCCGGGGGCUCCGUUGCGUCAAUGCUCACCAACUACGGCCCGUUUGAGGAGCCGUUGAUCCGCAACUUUGUACGCCAGAUCUUGAUCGGUUUGAACUACCUCCAUGGGGAGGAGAUAAUCCACAGGGAUAUCAAAGGUGCUAAUAUUCUCAUCGACAUCAAAGGCACCGUUAAGAUCUCGGACUUUGGUAUUUCGAAAAAACUCGACGGGUCCAUCCAGUCGCGCCGCGCGUCUCUCCAGGGUUCGGUCUACUGGAUGGCCCCAGAAGUGGUCAAGCAGGUCGCGUACACCAAAAAGGCGGAUAUUUGGUCCGUGGGGUGUUUGGUGGUGGAGAUGUUCACCGGGAAGCAUCCAUUCCCGGACUUCAGUCAGAUGCAGGCGAUCUUCAAAAUCGGCACACACAUCCUCCCGGAGAUUCCCAGCUGGUGCACGCGUGAGGCGGAGCAUUUCUUGAUGCAGGUAUUUGAGUUGGACUACCAGAAGCGGCCGGGCGCGGCCGAAUUAUUGUCGGAUCCAUUUAUCAGCAGUUUGAUUAUGACAAAGCAAAAAGGAGAAGUAACCGGUAACAAAGAAUAGCCCAAAGAGUUAUUUUCUAAGUAUUCUGUUUAAAAAUAACCAGGA